CUCCUCCUAGCUGUGUGUGAGGGGCAGGCCUGCCCACAGGGAUACUGAGGCACAGGGACUGCACCCCUCCCAGGCGGACCCUGCACCCAAGGGGCAGCACUCCCAUCCACACACUUCACAGGCUCUGUCUGGGAAGGAAGUGUGCACCCAGCAGUGCCUGAGGUCCCGGAGCGUCACGCACCCUGGCUUCAUGAUUGGAAGGCUGAGCUGGGCGUGGGGUGUUAUUGCAGGACGCCCCGUCAUGGGAAGGGUCUCCAUAGGGGUCCACACGAGAGGAUGGAUGGCAGCUUGAGUCUCUGCAUGAGGAGGGUGACGCAACGGGCUGAGAAAAGUGGCUUUUAGGUAUUUUUAGGGUGUGACGGGCGGAAACAGCCCUCCUAUGUGACAUGUGGCCAGCUCAGCUUUGCUGGUGGCUGUGGAGGCGGGGAGAGGCUGAACUGCCCGGGGGCGUGGAUCUGGCCUGACCUUGGUGUGGGGAGGACGAGCUGGCCUUGGCUGCUUCAGGACACUCGCCCCAGUCAGGAGUUCUCUGUGCCAUAUGUUGGUUUUGUCAGUGCUGAGCUCUCCUAGGACCAGCCCCAAGGUUGGCCCUGAGACACGGACGGCACGAACAGUGACUUGAGAGAAACUGUCUGCACAAGGAAAUUAAAGCCUCUGAGAGAGCACAUGGCAGUCCUGCCAUGGACCCCUCCCUCCUCCCUCCUCCUAAACUAGGGGGGUGGUCAGAUGUCCCCUCCCUCCUCCCUUCCCUCCUCCCCUCCCUGCUUCUGAACUAGGUGGGUGGUCAGACAUCCCCUCCCUCCUCCCGUCUCCCUGGUUUGUUAGACCCUCUUGAGUAGUGGAGGAAAGAGCCCAUGUUGUGGAGUGACACGGUUUUCUGUGUUUUUGUCCAGCCCUGAGCUCAGAGUGGCAUGAGCAGCACAGUGUGCAGCUCAGGGCUGUUCAAGUCUAGGAGGGAGCAGGCGAGGCCCAGGGUGGCCUUUCGUGGCCGUCUUCCGGGGUCCUGGCAUCCUCAGUCUCGGUUUCCCCGUCUGCCAUGGUCGCAGGCUGCUCUGAAUGUGAGGGGCUGUGCAGUCGCCCUGGAGGAUCCCCUGAGUUCCCGGGACCCCGCGCCUUUCUCCACCAGUGCACAGGUGCCCCAGCCACCCGGUGGCUCGAGGCAUCUGCAGAGGAUGUCCGAAGGACGCCGUGGAUGUCGACGCUGUCAUCUCCCGGGUGGAGGCGACCUUCUCUCAGUUCCCGCACGAGAGAGCCACGAUGGACGACAUGGGCCAGGUGGCCAAGGCCUGUGGCUGCCCGCUGUACUGGAAGGGGCCGCUGUUCUACAGCGCUGGGGGCGAGCGCACCGGCCACGUCUCCGUCCACAGGUUCAUCGCCAUGUGGAGGAAGGUCCUGCAGAGCUGCCACGAUGAUGCCGCCAGGUUCACCCGUCUGCUCGUGAGCCCUGGGAGUGAGCACCUGGUGCAGGAGGACUUCGUCCCGUUUGUGCAGCUCGCCUUCAGCUGGCUGCAUGUUUGUGACGCACCUGUGCAGCUGAAUGUGUGCUGCGUCCCGACCAGCACAGCGUCCUCAGGAGCUUGUGGGCGAUGCCUGCCCACGUGCGCGAGCCCCCAGCCUUCUCCUCUCCCUCUGCACCCAGGACGUCGUGAACACACACCCGGGCCUGGCCUUCCUGAAGGACGCUCCGGAGUUCCACUCUCGGUCAUUCAGCGGAUCUUCUACACCGUGAACCGGUCCUGGUCGGGGAGGAUCACAUGCACAGAGCUGAGGAAAAGCUCCUUCCUGCAGAACGUGGCGCUGCUGGAGGAGGAAGCCGACAUCAACCAGCUGACAGAGUUCUUCUCCUACGAGCACUUCUAUGUCAUCUACUGCAAGUUCUGGGAGCUGGACACAGACCACGACCUGUUCAUAGACUCCAAGGACCUGGCGCGGCACAACGACCACGCCAUCUCCACAAAGAUGAUCGACAGAAUAUUCUCGGGGGCGGUGACGCGAGGUAAACGUGUACAGAAAGAGGGAAAACUGAGCUAUGCAGAUUUUGUCUGGUUUUUGAUCUCCGAAGAAGACAAGAAAACGCCAACCAGCAUCGAGUACUGGUUCCGUUGCAUGGACCUGGACGGUGACGGGACGCUGUCCAUGUACGAGCUCGAGUUCUUCUACGAGGAGCAGAGCCGCCGGCUGGACAGUAUGGCCAUCGAGGCGCUGCCCUUUGAGGACUGCCUCUGCCAGAUGCUGGACCUGGUCAGGCCCCAGAGCGAAGGGAAGAUCACUCUCCAGGACCUAAAGAAAUGUAAACAAGCAAAUGUGUUUUUUGAUACAUUUUUCAACAUCGAGAAGUACCUCGACCACGAGCAAAAAGAGCAGAUGUCCCUGCUGCGCGAGGGCGACAGCGACGGGCCCGAGCUCUCCGACUGGGAGAAGUACGCUGCCGAGGAGUACGACAUCCUCGUGGCCGAGGAGGCCGCCGGAGACUCCUGGGACGACGGGUUCGAGGCCGAGCUCAGCCCUGUGGACGCCAAGCUGAGCGGGCGGCAUCUGCAGCUGGACCCACGGCCGUUCCUGGAGGCUCCAUCUGCCCUGGGUGCUGUUGACUUGUUCGACUACGAGUGCGAGGAUGAGCUGCAGCUGCUGUGAGGCCGUGUGCAGACAGCAGGGCCUUGUAAAGACUAUAUUUAGUCACUGCGUUUGUGAGUGGGAACCAUGUUUGUAUGGAAUGAUAAAUUUUUAUUAUUUAUUCACCUCGGGA